AUGGCACUCGAAGCUCCGUUGAGGUCGUCCACCGGCAGUGCUAUAUCUACCUUCUCGCCCCAUACAGAUAUGGCUGUCUCCUCGCCGGAGUCGCCAGCGCCUCAUGCGCACUUCCGCCCAAAGUCCUCUGCUGGCUCCGUGGAGUCGAGCUCCCUUCGUCCUUCAUCCGCCGCUGCUGCUCGAUCGUCGUCGAUGAACAACUACCUGAUGAGUCCCAGUGAUAUUGUCGGCCCGUCGCCGGUGACUUCGGUAGGGACGGAGGUCACAGAGAUCGAGGACGAGGCUUCGGAUGAUGCCAGGCUGCUGUCUCCCAGCUCAGAAUCCUCUUCGCAACCGCAGCUCCUGAUGCUUAGAACAAACUUACCAGACCAAGUGCGCCAGUCAACUAGUGACGAGGCUGUUUCGGUCAUCCAUGCUCCUGAAAGUUUCCAAAGCUGGACUUCUUCGGACUCCACUGUUGAACCUGCUUCGGAAGAGUCGGCCAAGAAAUCAUCGCCAAAGACAUCCCCAAAACCUAAUGAAAUCAGAGUACCGGGUCAUGCUUCAAAGGCUCGUUCUCCGGGAUUGCCCACACCUCCACCCAUAUCUACAGACGUUAAGCCGAUUCGGUUCAGCCUCGACAGUGCUACACCGCGUGCGCAGAAUCUACAAGAAGUGCAAGGUCUUUUGAGUGAAUCGGCAAGGAUACGGUCUAGUAGUGCAAGCAGUCUUGAAUUAAUCCCUGAAUCGAGGGAGCCUGAGACUGAUGCUGAGCCUGAUCCGGAAGCUGACGACGAAGAGGAAUUUGUUACGCCUUCCGGUGGAGAGGACAUGGAGAUCAGAUCUCUGAAGACAGCACUUGGGGAGUGCUGGACCUUGUGCAAUACCUUGGCUACUCUCAGCACCCACCACCGCGAAAGGGUUUUCAACACAUCUGGAACUCCCGAUGCGCAUGAAAAGGCUUGGAAGGCGUGCUGGAAGUUGUGCCAGCGCCUGUAUGAUAACCGCGACGAGGACGACCAGUACUUCAACGUUAAAAUGAAUCUGGACCUUUGUCGGGAUUUCUGUCAGUCUUUGUUUGAUGUCAGAACGAAGAAGGACGAGAUAGCAGACUCGGUCCUACGCGUCAGCUUUGAACUGAACAACCAUUUAUACAGCGCUCAAGACAACAGAAACUUGCCAGAAGCGUUCCGGGAGCGCACUCUGGAUUUUUAUAUCACGUUAUGCCAUCGGCUCAUGAAGCAACGCAACGAGCUCGCUGAGGAGACUGACUCUCUCCUCCGGGCCUGCUGGUCGCUAGCGGAAAUGUUAUUCAGUCUCAGGCAGAACAAAAGAGAGGGCAAGGGCCCAGACGAAGAACUCCUUGGAUCCGCCGUUCAGGCUUGUUGGGAACUAUGCGACAUCUUCAGGGAAGGAUGGACUCAGAUAAGACCGGACAGAGGCACUCCAAGGCCGAGCCAAACCAACUUUUUCACCUAUCAACGGGAUCAAGUAGAUCAGGAUGGUCGUGCCAGCCGCGCAUCGAACAGGUCCAAGCGCGAGAGUCUGAAGAAUAUGUCACAAGAGAAAACAAAGAAGCCGCCGCCAGUCCCAGAGACACCGGUGACGGAGUUUGAGGACACGCCUGUCUCUCCAGAAAGCCACUCGCCUCAAGCGCCUAACAUUAUGGUGUUUGGCACAGAAAGCAACAAAGGAGGACGAUGGUCCAGCAGUGCGUCGAAUUUGUCGGGUUACUCACAAAGCAGCCAGAGAACCUCGAGCACGGCUACUACAGCUACCUCGGCCGAGGACAUCAAUAUCACCCGCAUCAAGACACUAAUUCUGAAGGCCGCCAUGAAUGUGGGCUUCUCGCGGGACGAUGUUUCUAGUGGUCACGGGGGCACGGCCUCACUGCAAUCGUUCGUCAAGUCCUUGCCAACAGGCUCCUUCGGUUCGCUCCCAACACAUGCUACGCUCCUUCAAAGCUAUAAGAACUUGAUCGUCGCGGACUCGUCGUUCCGACAUUCGUCUUCGCUUCCAAGCCGGGGCAAACGCGUACUAGCUACCGACAUGGCCAAGAGUGUGACAUGGAUGACACAUCGAUCAAGCCAGUACGGCUUCUUGAGAGAGCUAUUCAAGCUCGUGUUCGGGUUCCAGAUGGAAGAGGCCGACACGCGAAAGAAUAUUAGCAUUGUUGUUUGA